AGAAUAUCUGCAUUGACCCAUUUUGCACAAACUCGUUCUGACUAUGCACACAUACUGGACUCACACAUACUUAUAUUGACACUCCAACACAGGCACACAUUUGCCACACGCCCACAAUAGUUAUGGUGGUUUUAAGACAACUGGGAACUCGGGAAGAAAAAGGAGGUCAAAUCAUGAAGUCAUGAACGCGGCAUUACUCUCGUUGACUUUGUGCCGGAUGUCGUCAUAUUGUCAGGGACAUACAGGAAAUGAAAAGGAAAAAGGCCCAAAUUCGAUACAAACAGAAAUGUACAGCUCUGAUAACAACACUAGUGAUAUUGUUCACUUUCAAAUGGAGGACUAAUGUUGACUCUCGGAAUCCAUGGAGGCCCAUGAAGAAACGGCAACAAUCUACACAAUGGAAAACAAGCCGAUUGUGACAUGUGCUGGCGACCAGAGCCUGUUCACUUCCCUCUACACCUCUCUGGCACAGCAGUUACCCAGGGAGCCCAUGGAGUGGAGGAGGUCCUACGGACGCGCACCAAAGAUGAUUCACCUCGAGGCCAACUUUGUUCAGUUCAAAGAGGAGCUGCUUCCUAAGGACGGAAAUAGAGCCCUGCUCACCUUCCCCUUCCUGCACAUAUACUGGACAGACUGUUGUGACACAGAGAUGUACAAGGCGUCGGUGAAGGAUGACAUGCUGCGGUGGCAGAGCACCCUGCGGCUGCACGGCUCGGUGGACUGGCUCAUCGUGGUGGUGGAGAGUGAAGCCAAGAAGAAGAACAAGACCAACAUCCUGCCGCGCACCUCCAUCGUAGACAAGAUCCGCAACGACUUCUGCAACAAGCAGAGCGACAGGUGUGUGGUUCUGUCUGACCCUCUGAAGGAGUCGUCUCGGUCCCAGGAUUCGUGGAGCUCCUUCCUGACCAAGCUGCGCACCUUGCUGCUCAUGUCCUUCACCAAGAACCUGGGCCGAUUCGAGGAUGACAUGCGCACGCUCCGCGAGAAACGCACCGAGCCCGGCUGGAGCUUCUGCGACUACUUCAUGGUGCAGGAGGAGUUGGCCUUUGUGUUUGAGAUGCUGCAGCAGUUUGAGGAUGCUCUGGUCCAGUAUGACGAGCUGGACGCUCUCUUCACUCAGUAUGUCCUCAACUUUGGGGCUGGAGACGGGGCAAACUGGCUGGGCUCGUUCUGUGCCCCGGUGAAGCGCUGGAGCGGGCUGCUCCUGCGGCGGCCCAUCGACAUGGAGAAGCGCGAGCUGAUCCAGUGCGGUGAGGCCAGCCUGCUGGACCUGCGCAGCUACCUGUUCUCCCGCCAGUGCACUCUGCUCAUCUUCCUUCAGAGGCCCUGGGAGGUCACCCAGCGAGCCCUGGAGCUGCUGCACAAUUGUGUCCAGGAGCUGCGCCUGCUCGAGGUGUCUGUGGUCCAGGGGGCGUUGGACUGCUGGGUGUUCCUCAGCUGUCUGGAAGUGCUGCACAGGAUCGAGGGCUGCUGCGACCGCGCCCAGCUAGAGGCCAACUGCUCCCACACUGUCGGCCUGUGGACCUACGCCACAGAGAAGCUAAAGUCUCUGGGCUACCUGUGUGGCCUGGUGGCUGAGAAGGGCCCCACCUCCGAGGAUCUAAACCGCACCGUGGACCUUCUGGCUGGCCUGGGGGAAGAGAGACCAGAGACGGUCAACAGCCUGCAGAGCCCUUACAAAAAACUCAAUGAGGCCUUAUCGUCUGUGGAGGCGUUUGAAAAACACUAUCUGGAGCUGUCACAUGCUGCUAUGGAGAUGUACAGAGCCAUAGGCCGGAUGCGCUCAUCCCGGCUCAUUGGAAAGAGUCUAGCUGAAUUUUACAUGAAGAAAGGUGACCCGGAGAGAGCAGAGGGCUUCCUUGAUGACUCUCUGAGGUCCUACGUGGCAGAGGGGUGGAGCCUGCAGGUGACUCAUACCAGGAAGCAGAUGGCCGAGUGUCAGAAGCUCUUGCAGCAGACUGAAGACUACCUGCAGACCAGUGCCUUGCUGGCGGGCGACGCCAACCUGACAGAGGAGGAGAGGAAGCACUUCUGCCAGGAGAUCCUUACCUUCGCCAGCCAGCCCCCGGCACCCUCAGACCAGACUGUGGCUCUGAGCAUGGCGGCGUUUGCCCAGCUGCGCCAGAUGCAGUUCAGCCCGCCUGGCGCCGUGGUGCACGUGGGUGCCGCCCUGCAGCUGGAGCUGCACGUACGCUGCCUGAUGCCCGUGGCCGUGCAGGUGGAGCAGCUGGCCGCCACUCUCCACUUCAGCCUGGAGCAGGGCGGGGCGAGGGGCCGGGCGGGCAGCACCCAGAGGAGGACGGGCCAGGGACCACAAGGCCAGGGGGACGGGGUGGUCCUGUUCCCCCAGGGAAGCCCCCUAGCUGGGGCCGGGAUGGGCGCUUCGCUACCCCCCGCACUGGAGCUUUACGAAAUGCAGGACCGCAGCCCGUCGGACAGCUCGCUCAACUCCACAGGGGUGGUGUGUAAGAACAUGCACCUGCUGCUGCGGCGCCACGACAGCUCAGCCUCCCUGGACACGCCCACCGCCGGGGCCCUCCCGGCAGCGGUUGCCGUGGACGACGGGGCCCAGAUGCUGAGGGCACGCGACAUAACGCUGCAGCCCGGCGACAACAGCAUCUUGUUCACGGCCCCAACUGGAGAGCCGGGCUCGUACACGUUACGUCAGCUGUGCGGGAGCGUGGGGAGAGUCCAGUUUGUCCAGUCUCACAUCUACCCUGUGGUGCAGUACGAGGUCUACUCCCAGGAGCCCCAGCUCACCAUCGAGCCUCUCUCAGACAACCUGUUGGCAGGCAUUCCCCAGAAGGUGAAGUUCACCAUAGCAACAGGCCACUACAGUGUGAAGAAGGGUGACGCACUGCAGCUUAGCAAUACAGACUCCAUGCCCAUCCUCCACUCUAGCUGCUGCUCUGCUACCAUCCUGUCCAGCACGGGAGAGCGUGUGGGGGAGCAUGCUCUUUCCGUCCAGUCUUCGGAGAAGGUGACCAGCAUUUCCCUGCCCCCCACCCCUCCCUACCACACCCUGGAGUUCCAGCUGGAGGUGCUGUGCCACAUCCCCCCCACACCCUUUAAGCCCGACAUCGAGCGUCUCACCAACGGCGAGGUCCGCCACCGGCCCAAGAACCACAGCCACGCAGACAAUGGCAUGAUCAACAUCGACCAGAAGGUCUCCAUCGACUGUCCUUGGUCCAUCUACUCCACGCUCAUAUCCCUAACCUUCUAUGUCCCUUUCAAAGCCAAGCACUCAAUACUGUCUGCUGGGAAAAGGAAGUACAUACAGGUGUGUCUCCAGAACGUGUCCGACACAAACUUCCACCUGGUGGACCCGGUCCUCACAGAGCGCCAGCCCACAAUCCCGGUGGAGCUGCUCUCACUCAAUGCUAAAACACAACAGACGGUGUGCAGUCAGCAGUCAGUGUUCUGCCUGUGGGAGAUGCGUUGGGUCAAACACCUCCCGCUGUGCCUGCAGUGUGUAUUCUCCGCCAGCUUCGCGCCCGUCUCCGCCUCGGACGCACACACAGCCUUCAAACCCUACCGCUACGAGUUCCAGCUGGACCGGGUCUCUGUGCGUAUACUCAAGACCCAGCUCUGGGUCCCCAUCAUUAGGCACCACAUGGAUACCCUUUACAGCUUGAAGGCCGAGAUCUUGCCACCGUCUGGCGACCAGCACUGUCGCACUGGCGCCCUCUGUGGCCUCGAGGUGUCCAUCACACGGCAGGCAGAGCCCAGCGAGACUGAAGGGGAGGAGGAGGAGUCUACAGAAAUAGAGGGCCUGAGGACCACCAAGCUCAUGUAUGAAGUGGUGGACAACAGCAGUAACUGGGCGGUGUGUGGCAAGAGCUCGGGGGUGGUGUCCAUGCCCGUGGCUGCCAGCGCCACACACAGGGUUCAGAUGGAGGUCAUGCCCCUGUUCGCCGGGCACCUGCCCUUCCCCAACAUCAAAGUGUUCAAGUACCUGCCCCACAGUGCCGUCCCAGCCAUUCAGCCAGACACAGACAGCUGCUUAGAGAACGACACCAUGUCCCUGCUGGACAAAGGUCUGGACGACCAGGGCGACACGGCCAGCAUCCGUAGCCGGGGCAGCGUCCACUCGGUGGGCAGUGGGGAGCAGCAGCGGGAGCAGCAGAGGGGUCUGCCCAUGCCCCGCCUGGAGCCCUUCAGUCCGGGACAGGUGUUCUAUUGGAGCCAGGGGCGGCAGGUGCUGGUGCUGCCCGUUACUGACGAACACGUGAUGGAGGUUAACGUCACAUGACCCCUGUGGGCCGCUGCCCCCCGCUGUGCCCCCAUCACGCCUGGACCUCUGUGGUUUGGUUCCUGGCUGUGGUUCUGGAACCGGGACGUGGCAUGGCGGCAGGGAACUGACACUGGCUCUCCUCUCCGGACUCAUUGCUGGCCGCCCACUGGCCCUGCUCCUGUUCUGGCCUGAGAGUUCCAUCUGCUGUAUUUUUAUCUUGUCAAUCUUUUUCAGUAUUCACUGAAUUCUCAUAUGAAAAUACCCCUCUCUCCCCCCACUGUCAGAGAAGAGGGUUUGGUGUACCUGUAAAACUAGCUCUCUUAUUGGUUCUUGCUCCGUGGACACAGUAAACCGCUUAAAACUGUUCUGCAUAGAACCCACCCCACGCACCUGUGACCAGCUUGCUGGUUCCACUGAUCGUCAACACAACCUUCUGUAUGAGGCACACAUGGACACACUAACGUGUGUUUGGACAGGGGUGCUUCGGUUUGUGGUUGUUUGUAUUGGUUGGUGUGUGUCUCUGUCUAUGCAUGACAUGGCAAGUUGUGAUAGAUGAAGGGAAAGAGCGGGGCCAGUUAAUCGUGUGUGUGUGUGAGCAAUAUCUACUUCAUUUUUCCUCCUCACUCACUUCCAGCCCCUUGCCCCCAGACCCUGCUGAAUCCUCUAUCCUUUGCUGUAGUCAUAGCGCCACCCUCUGGCCACUGUACAAACUGUUCAAUAUGUACAUAUUAUUCCAGAGGGAAUCACUGUACUGACUGACUGUGUGCAAAGGCUGCACCAAAAACAAAUUGUCUCGAAGGAAUAUGUUAGAGGAAAAAUAAACUAUUUUUGUUUUCGAGCAGGUGUGAAACGCACUUAAUCCGAGUACUAACAAACACAUGCUUUUGGCUCUGGAAGAGGACCUAUUUUUGCCUUGUUUUUUGUUGUUCAGGUUUUAAGGUUCACUGAAAUUCACUUAUUCAAUUAUCAGUGAAAUCUGAGAACAAUGGGAUGACAUUGAACUUGAUUGUUUUCAGUGACUUGUCUGAAAGUGACCGUCUGUUUGAAGUGUUACCAUCAUGUGUUCUGUAUGACUUUGUGGUUUACUUGAAUGCUGAGCAGGUAAAUUCUAUGUUUAGUAAAUGUGGUGUCUGACUUGUUUUUUGUUUUUUUUCUCAGACAUUCGCUGUUGCUACGGUAACUGUGUCAGGGAGAGCACUUUCUUAUCAUAGCACAAUUCUUUUAACAAAAACAACAAUUUAGAAGGAGGGGAAAUUUGCUUGUAUACAUGCGAUUUUCGUUCAUUUAUUGACCUAUUUUUGUACUGUGUCGCCGGUCAAGUUCUGGUUGUUGCUCUGUCUGUCGGUGUGGUUGGUUGGUAUCUACUGGAGGCCGAUGAGGGCUUAGCACCACCCCCUCAGCUAUACUCCUGUCCUGUAUUCCUCGACCUCUGGGCUUGUAUCUAGCAUAAUCCCACAAACAGAAAGUAGUGCUCACCGCCAGGACGAAAGGCAGAAGGCUUGUUCCCUCUAUCUGGCCAUCUUAAUGAAAGAGAACCCCCUCCCACUCGGACUCCACUUACAAAACGUACUGGCCCGAUCCUACAGCAACACAGGCCUGUCUUUGCAACUUCCAUGUGUCCUCGGUGUGUACGAGGGUGUCUAACUGGUCAGGAAAAACUAUGAUAUAUGAAGACUAGUGAUACAGCGCUCGUCUAUGUACACAUCUUAGUUUAUGUCCAGCUGUAUUUAUUGUCUUUUUUUUCUAUAUUAUUUAACGGCAAAUAGCUGGAAGGGAUGGAAUCAGUCACUCUCACAAAAAUAAAUAAUGUCAUUGGGAAUUGUCUGGUGAUUUUUUUUAUUUUUUUUUCAACAGUAAUUGGUCACUGAAAUCAAAUAAAACAAUUGUAUGUAAAUGAUUCCAUUGAAGUUCAACACCACUGAUUAGUUUAAGUAAUUAAUCUGAAAACAAUCAUAUGUAUGCAUUAUACAGUUGAAAUUAAAUAUACCUAUGUUUUAAUGUGA